CUCAAAUCCCCCGCCCCAAACCCUCCAUUAACAAAAAUAACCCACCUCAACGCCCUGUAACUUUAACACGCAGACCCCUUCUCACCGGCGGGUUAUUUUCAUUCUGUCCCCGUUACUAUAACCGAACCAAGCUCUUGCUUCGCACUCAUAAUAUUAAUAUAUAAAAGAAAAAUCAUUAUAGAGCUAGAGAGAGAGAAAGAAAAGAGAGAGAGAGUUCAUGGAGAAGAAGAAGAUGGGGUUUGAAGAGACGGAGCUCCGGCUAGGUCUGCCGGGAAACAAUAACAACACCGGCGGUGGCAGCGAGUCGGGCGAGGCAGCGGUGGCAGCGGCUCGUAAACGAGGCUUUGCUGAAACCGAGACGGUUUCCAAAGUUGAUCUCAAGCUUAACCUUUCCUCAAAGGAAGCUGCUCCAGUGGUGGCGGACGAUGUUGUCGUUGAUCCCGACUCUGGGAAGAAAGAGAAAUCCCACCUCGCCGGGGAUCCGGCCAAGCCUCCGGCUAAGGCGCAGGUGGUGGGAUGGCCACCCGUCCGAUCAUUCCGAAAGAACAACAUGUUGGCUUUUGUGAAGGUGAGCAUGGACGGGGCACCAUAUCUGCGUAAAGUGGACUUGAAGAUGUACAAGAGCUACAAACAGCUCUCCGAUGCUCUCGCUGCCAUGUUUGGCUCCUUCACCACCAUUGGUAACUGUGGGGCUCAAGAAAUGACGAAGGAUUUGAUGAACGAGAGUAAGUUGAUGGAUGUUCUGAGUGGCUCUGAUUAUGUUCCAACCUAUGAAGACAAAGAUGGUGAUUGGAUGCUGGUCGGAGAUGUUCCUUGGGAGAUGUUUGUUCAAUCCUGCAAGCGUCUGCGCAUCAUGAAGGGGAAGGAGGCCAUAGGACUUGCACCAAGGGCCAUGGAGAAAUGCAAGAAUAGAAGCUAAAGCAAGAAAAUCAAAGCCAGCAUCAAACCUGUAGCUUCUAUCGAUCCAAUCUCAAGUCUCGACUCGCCUCGAUUAUUGAAACACCGAUGAUCUAGAACAAGUCAUAGAUUCAAAUAUAGGAUUUGAGGAAGAAUUCAGGUGGGUUGUUUGGAUGUUUCAUGUAUCAUUAAGUUGUAAUAUUAUUCUAUACCAAGAUGUGAAACCCUUCUAAGUAGUAGUUUUUAUAUAUUUGUCUCAUACAUACUUUAUUGUUUAAGUUCCAAGACUUGGGCUUGAGAUUUGUCUAACAAAACCUUUUGUUUUAAGUAUUGCUUGGAUUUGAGUUUAAAUAAUAAACUCCAUAUAUGUUUGCUUGUAGUUA